AUUUUAUUCGAUUUACAUGUGUAAUCGAUUUGAAUUCCCAAAAUAUCACAAUUUGAAGUACUGUUAAAAUAAUUAAAAUACUAAACUGCAUGGCGCAACACUAGUGGCGGCUUAUUUCAAUUUUUCUACCUACCUCAACCUGUAGUUGCGAAUUUUAUUUUGCCGAUGUAAGUUUAUACUUACAAAUCUGAUUUAUUUUGUGAAUUUCAUAAAAAAUAAGUAACAUCUAUCGUAUACACGAUGUCGUAUCCGGCGUUGAGACAACCAAAAAACUUAAAAUUCAACGAGAAGUCUAAGACAGCGGUUUAUAAUGAACCACAGAAUUUUUUAAUAGUGACUUUGAAAGAUGGGAAAAAGCUCGUCGUGUCUUCUGAUACUUACCACGGAAUUCUAACGGCAGGGGAGCUGUAUAGAUGUGUGUUUUGUGAGACAGAAAUGGCAAGAGACGUGAUUUGUAAAGAAAGACACAAAGCGUCUGAAAAUCAUCGAAAGAUUCUCGAAGGCUACCCACACAUUGACGAAUUCAAAGAGAAUCUACUUAGAAAGCUCAGCGCAUCAGGUCAUUACUGCACAGUCUGCAAUGUGGUUGUGAUGACAAACUAUGCAUAUAGACAUAUAGAAGGAUAUAGCCAUCAGGUAGAAUUAGACAAAGCUAAAGGCAGAGCGCUCUCAUACAAGCCGAAUUGUUAAAGAAGAAAUUCUAAUUGACAGCAAGCAAGGAGGGUCGUUGAUG